AUGGCUACCGCAACUCAGACACAAACGACCGAAGCUCUGCCCCAGGUUCAUCAGAAUCCCACUGCGGGCCCGCUGGUUCACCACUCAAACCAGAGCCAGGAGCUCAUUCAUGCCUCUCAACGCCGCGAGACGGGCGCGCUGAGCCAGCAACCACGCCCGCAGAGCGCUGUGGUCUACCAGCCGCCCACCCACGAGGACAAGCCCGGCGAGAAAAGAGAGGCACAGUUCUUGCCAUGCUUCCUGUCAGUUUUCUUCCCUAAGCCAUAUGACAAGGAGAAGCCUCGGCAGAUGCCCCUGUGCUUCACAAUCCACGGGGGUGGGUUUAUCAUGGGAACUCCCCAGGACAACGAUGCAUGGAAUGCCAAAUUUGCCAGUCGGUACUCGGCAACAGUCGUUGCCCUGAACUACAACAAAGCGCCCAAGACGACGUUUCCCAUGUCGGUUCACGACGUUGAGGCCCUGAUACUUGCGACUCUGUCCGAUCCCGAGAUUGCUCCCCACAUCGAUCGUUCUCGGAUUGCCGUCGGCGGCUGGGAUGCGGGCGGAAACCUCGCCUUGACUGUCACCCAACUGCCCGCUAUCCGGCCCAUCGUCAGCUCAGUCUUCGCCUUCUACCCGCCAUGCGACUUCACUGUGACCCAUCAUCAAAAGAGCCGGCUCCGGCGAUACAAGGCCGGGGUCGGUGGCUUCCGCGCCCGCGAAACGGACUACAUGCUUUCCAUGUCGCCCAUGAUCGACUGGUCGUACAUUCCUCACGGAACCGACCUCCGCAACCCGCUCCUCAGCCCGUUCUUCGCAGAGCACGACAUUCUUCCUCGUCGCGUCAUGAUCAUCGGCUGCGAGCUGGACAUGUACGCCCACGAGGCCUGGCGCACCAUCAGCAAGCUUGCCGGCCGCGAGGUGCCCGCUAUGGAGCAGACUGUUGGCCGUGAGGGCCAGUCCGACCACGGGCAGAUGCUCUUUGACGACGACCGCUUCCACUUUGAGCAGACCUACAACGACGGGUCCAGCUACAAGUGGCUGCUUGUCCCAGACACGAUCCACAACUUUGACCAGCGCAUUGGCGGCGUCGUGCGCGAGCCGGACUUCCGAGCUGACGCCGAACACAAGAGCGAGGCCUGCCUCAAGGAGAUUGGCGAAUGGCUGCUCGGCCCUUUCCAUUCAGCCCGGACGAAUGGCGUGGGCAACGAGAACAAUGGUAACACCAAUGAAGCCUGGUGGGUGUGA